AUGGGUCGCACGCAGAACGGAAGAGGCUUCCUGGUAAAAAAUUCUUCCAAGUGCUCUGUGCUCAUUGUGGUGCUCAUGAUUAUGGGCUUGUUUCUGAGCCAGUCCGAUGCGAUUCCACGUCCUGGACCAGUCAUUGGUGUCAACACCGCGUGCACUUCUGAAUCCAUCCAAGCCUUCUGCAAACCAGGAAACCUCUACUGCGUCCGUUCGGCGUGCAGCCAAUGCAUCCUUCGCGACCCGUUCAACCCAUUUGCUUCAUUCUGCGCUCGUCUCACCGAAUGCGUGUGCUCCAUCUCCAACAACCCGCUCUGCGAGCAGAAAGUCGAGGAAACUUGCUAUUAA